AUGAACCCCGAGACGGGUUUGGAGGACAUCGUCGAUGUCGACUACGAUCAAGUCCUCGCCGCGGAUUCAAACGGGGUGCACUGCGGGGUGUGGUUGGUGCGAAACACGCCUUGGACGCUGUGGUUUCUGGAUGAACUCUGGGCGCGCGAGCGCGUCUUCGAGGACGAACGGCGUGCGUUGCAUCACCUCUACGCGUCGACGCGCGGGCGCGAGGUCACUAAGGGACCAAUCUAUCCCAACGCGAACACCGUUCGGGCGAGGACGAAGAUCGUGCACGCGUGCGCGUUCGACUCGCAGCCGUGGUUUUACGAAACGGGCGAUUUCAUCGUGCAUCUCGCGGGACUCAAAGGGACGGUCAAGUGUGCCCUGUUCACGCGCUACUACGCGCGCGCGCGGGCGUCGAUGCGCGCCAAGGGGAUGGUCGUCGCCGCCGACGUCGAUGUGCCCCCGCCGAGCGCGUGGACGUGUCUCACGAAGAACGCGUGA